UAUAAUUUUGGCCUAUAAGUACAAUUUUUCGUGUAUUUCCUUAACAAUCUAUAAUCAAGUAAGUACUUGUCUCGAAUGCUGCUGUGAGUAUACAAGCGCGCGUGAGAGUUAUUUUGUCGAGUGGGUGUGAAGAUAAACAUAUUAUGAUGUCGCGGUCAGUGCGAGCGGAAACACGAAGCAGAGCGAAAGAUGACAUCAAGCGGGUUAUGCAAGUUGUUGAUAAAGUUCGCCAUUGGGAGAAAAAAUGGGUCACGAUCGGCGAAACGACGAUGAAAAUCUACAAGUGGGUUCCCAUAUCGACACUAGAUCAAAAAAAGAAAUUGAAAUCCGCUCCAGUACCUACUGAAAAAGAAAAUGGCCUAGCCAGAAAGGUGGCCGUAGAUUCUUCCAACUCUAAUUUUGGAAUUACUGAAGACUCCAAUACAUGUUUCUCAACUGUAAGUGAUUCUCAGGGAUUGACAGAUUUUUCAACGCAUUUAGGAUUUUCGGAAGAUUCUAAUUCACAAAACAGUGAACCUGCACCCAAGAGGUUAAAGACUGACUAAAGUAUGCAUCUUAUACGGCUACAAUGCAUGUGGAUGUACAUAUUGUUUAAGUGAAAGUUGCCAGGAAAAAUUUCUUGGACAAGAACUUAUUGACCUUUUGUGAAAUGAAUGUGGUGCAAAUUGAGUAUAAAGAAAAAUGAGAGUAAUUCAUUAUCUUUGAACUACUGUUGCAUUUAGUGGUAUUUAAAGUAUAUUGUAAACUAGAUUGUGGUCUCUCAAGAAGUAUUUAAUCAUGCUCAAGUAAGUAAAAGCGCAUUUGAUUGUAAAUUGAAAUUUUUGUUUAUUUACGGCUUGAGUGAUUGAUCACAAUUUUUUUAUUC